UCAAUCGGAUCGAAUGUGUUUAAUGCUCUUAUGAGUCGCGCUCUGUACAGAAGAAAAGUGUACAACUUAUUUUUUUGUGAUCGAAAGGAACGGACUUUGUGAUCAUUGUGCAAUUAUUUUCCUGCUACAUUUUGGGGUUUACAAAUAGAGGCUGAACUGUUUUGCCUAUUCAGGGAAAAACAAAUUCACUCGAGGAAGUCGGAACCUAUAGAAUCGGCUGUAAUGAGUUGGGUGGAGGAAAACUUUUUGGAAGUAACCAUCAGUGCAUAUCGAAAGUUUUCUCCAGCGGUGGGUGCUGGGAUUUGGUCUCAUUGUCAUUCCAUUCCUGAAGAUCUGAACCUGUGAAGUGUCCCUGGACCACACCAUUAGUGGAAAGUGAAAUUGAAAAUCUGUACAACAGUCCUUUAAAAGGGAAAAAUUGGUACAAUGAAGUUCCAGAUGGGGAAUCGCCAGCGUUGGGGGCGGAUAAUCCGCUUCCAGAUGAUUCUGCUGGUACUGUUUUCACUGGCGUUUGUAGAAAUUGCGUCACUCAGAACUGCGAACAACAACGCUAACGAGGAUUGCACUGCCGUUGCAAAAGAUGAAGAAACGCUGCUAGUGUUUUCAACACUCGGCGGCGGCCUAACAGCCAUCGAUCCGCUCUCCGGCGAAACGCGAUGGUCCAUCGCAGAUGAGCCGGCCAUCCGGGUACCCUCAGUGUCGGAAAUGAAUCCCCACUAUCUGCCGGAUCCACGAGACGGCAGCCUCUACACCUAUCGAAAUCCAGAGGGGGGUCUCAAGAAGCUACCGUACACGAUCCCUCAACUGGUGGCCAAUGCUCCGUGUCGCUCCAGUGACGGAAUCCUGUACUCGGGCAAAAAGAGUGACGAUUGGUUCCUGAUCGACCCCAAGACGGGUCGCCGGGAGAAGGUUCUCGGCUUUGGGUCCCCUUCGAAGAAUGGCGAGGAGCAUGGGGAAUCGCUAGGGUGGGCAACUUCUCGGUCCAUCUAUCUGGGCCGAACGCAGUACACCGUAAUGAUGUACGACAGUUUGGCCACCGGGGGUAACACCAAACCGUGGAACGUUACCUUCUUCGAUUACACAUCCCACACGAUGGCACCGGAGCUGACGAAGGAAUAUGAAUUCCUUCACCUAACGAGCAGCUCUUCGGGGCUAACGGCUACCUUCGAACAGAAGCGUGGAACUCCCCUAUGGCAGAAAGACCUCUCCACGCCGGUUGUAGCCGUUUUCCUACUCGGCAUCGAAGGGCUACUGAGCGUACCCUUCCAAACCGUUUCGGAUGAGGUCCUCCAAGAGAUCAACGAACGUGCCAAGGACGGAAAUUUCGACAAUCUGAAGUUGUUCCCAACGGUCUACGUCGGGGAGAACUCUAACAACAUCUAUGCGAUUCCAUCGCUGGUGGACAAGAAUACUGCUACACUUCCGUCGGAACCGACGGUAAAUCUCUUGGGAGGUCCCAACAGGCAGCGAGAAGAAGUUCAAGGGCUCCCGGGUAAGGAGUUAAUUACGCCGGAAACGGCUCGUGUUCAAAAUGAUAACAUAAUCAUCUUGGGACACUAUCAACCGCCCAAGACGGACGAAAGCCUCAAGUUGGACAUUGCUCCGGGUGCAGUGCCGGGUCGAAUUUACAAAGAACAGGGACAGUUGUCUACGGUGCUGCUGGAUUUCAAUGGGAUGCCUACGGUUGGACCGGAACCGACUAGAACCAUUGGCAUUCAGACGGAUAACGGAAAGAUGGAGGGGAAUGAUACCGCCGUUAUCGGUAAUACGAGUUUCCGGGCCCUGUUCGGUCGGCUGUAUUUAGAUGUGAAGGCUUGGUUAGAUGCACAGCCUAAUAAGCUACCAACGAUGAUGUUUGUAGCAUUGUUUGGAAUAGUGGUAUUUGGUUUUUGGUAUUUCCACAUGCAAAUGAAGGCCUUACAGGAGCAAAGUCAGAAUGGUUCGCAGACGAACUCAAAUCGGAGUGAUGGAAGUAACUAUGCAGAACCAAUUGACUUUGGGGAUGGGGAAAUCCGUGUGGGUAAAAUAAAUUUUAAUACCCAGAACGUGUUAGGGAAGGGUUGUGAGGGGACGUUUGUGUUUCGAGGUACCUUUGAAAAACGUGAAGUGGCGGUGAAACGGAUUUUACCGGGCUGUUUUACACUGGCGGAUCGAGAAGUGGCUUUGUUGAGGGAAAGUGAUGCCCAUGAAAACGUCGUUAGAUAUUUCUGUACCGAACAGGAUCGCCAGUUUCGGUACAUUGCAGUGGAGCUUUGUGCUGCCACGUUACAAGAUUAUGUUGAUGCCAAAACAGUAGAUACUCUACAGAAGCAGAUAUCUAUUCUCGAUGUCCUUUAUCAGGCCACCAAUGGGCUGACACAUUUACAUUCGUUGAACAUCGUUCAUCGUGAUAUUAAACCACAGAACAUAUUACUUUCGUUGCCAGAUAACAGGAAAAGAGUGAGAGCUAUGAUCUCAGAUUUUGGACUGUGUAAGAAAUUGAACUAUGGCAAAGCUAGUUUCUCAAGGCGAUCGGGAAUAACCGGCACGGAUGGCUGGAUAGCUCCGGAAAUGCAACGAGGUCAGCGGACAACCACGUCCGUUGACAUUUUCUCAUUAGGAUGUGUGUUUUACUAUGUUAUGUCGAAAGGUCUUCAUCCAUUCGGCGAUAAUUUAAAGAGACAGGCAAACAUUCUAUCGGGAGAGUUUGAUUUACAAGCGUUCCACAGAAACGAAAAGCCUAGUAAUAUGAGCGUGUUAGCGGAAGAAUUAAUCGCCGACAUGAUCAGCGCUGAUCCAUCCAAACGGCCUCCAUCAACUGCAGUUCGAAAUCAUCCUCUAUUUUGGAACAAAGAAAGAGUGCUGGCAUUCCUGCAGGAUGUCAGCGAUCGAGUAGAAAAGUCUGACGUUUUCACUGAACCUUUAAAAACUUUAGAACGUAAUGCGCGAUAUGUGGUGCGCGACGAUUGGAGUUUGCACCUGGAUCAGGAAAUAACCAACGACCUACGGAAGUAUCGAGGCUACCAAGGUUACAGUGUAAGAGAUUUGCUCAGAGCUCUUCGCAACAAAAAACAUCACUAUCACGAACUAAAACCGGAAGUUCAACAAGCCCUCGGGGCUAUUCCACACGAUUUCACCCGCUAUUGGAUAGAUCGGUUCCCGCAUUUAUUGUCGCACGCUUACCACGCAUUGGUCGACUACUCCGAAGAACCAAUUUUCAAAGGGUAUUACAACGAUGAGGUUCAUCAUCGAUUUACCAAACCAGACUAUUUCAAUCAAGAGGGUAACGAAAACUAUGACCUCAUCCGGUACUACGAGGCUGCCCAAAAAAUCAAAGCCACUCAAAGUCCAAAGCGAAAACCUUCGGCGCCAAACGACCAAAGUGGAACGGACUCCACUCCUACGACCCCACAAAAGCAAAACCAACAAAACCGGCGAGGGAAUUAUAACUUCGAUCGAUAUGGAAACGGUGCGACCAGCUUCAUCACCCGGGAUCAAAUGAUGGGAGGAAGUGCUGCUGCACCAUCUGCUGCUAUAGAAGGAGGAGAGUCCGCAGAAGAAUCGAAAGCGACUGAUCAGCAGGGAGACGAUCAAGGUGAAUUUGUAACGGUUGUUCACAAUAAUCAUCAACCUAACAACAACAACAACAGAAGAAGGCAUAAUCAACAUAACCAGAACCAUGUUCGGCGGAGGGAAAAUGCCAAAGUCACGUGGAACUUGCAGAUGCAGAAUGAAUGAAUGAGUGUUUCUAAUACACCAAGGAACAGGAUGAAUAUGAUCAAAAUUCAAAGUGUUUAUAAAAGUAAGUAUUGCAUCAGCGUGUGCAGCGUGUAAAUUUGUUCCAAAUAUUUUUUAUCGGCUGAUCAAACAUUUAAGUUCAGCUGCACUUGAGUUAGGCGUACUGUUUAACGUUUAUAUUUACGAGCGUAUGUUAUUGUGUCUCAAAUUCUUAAACCGUAAGCCAAUUCAUUUGGCGUAAUUAAUUUAUGCCGCACAGCUAUGAUUAUGUCUGACGAAAAGUUUGGAAAACACUGAACGUUGUGCAACAAUAGACGUUGUUCUUGGAAUUUAUUCAAAGGACAAGAAAAAUAGAAAUCCAUCCGAACUUGAAUUUCAUAAUUUAACUGCGAGAUAAGAAAGUGAAAUCCAACACAAGCGUCCCACUUCUUAGGAUUGAAUUUGCUCAGCUUAAAAAAAAAAAUAAAAUGAAUUCGAAAAGAAAUCCUACUUCCUAAAAAAUCUAAUCCAAACAAUUCAGUAAAAUUUCCCUUCGAACAUUUCUGUCAAUAUGUUUUAUCGAACAGUUUCUUAACUUAUUAUAAUCUAAAAGCUUGGAAAUUGUACACCAAUAUUAAAAUAUAAAUGUAUAUCUUCGGUAUAAUGUUGAAAACAUCUAACUUGUCAGUGCAAUUUUGGAUAUUUCAAUGGAAAAUCUACCGUUUUUUUAAAACAUUUUUGUAGUACUGCUUAAUAUUUGAAAUCGAGUUUUAUUUUUUUUUUCUUUCGAAUAACUAGGUUUCAUUUAACACACAGAUUUGCUUCUAUCGUCGCACUUUUUAAUUUUACUUUUAUCAAACUAAUAAAAGCCUAUUAAAUAAUUAAAUAUAGAUCUCCUUGCUAAGUAACCAGAUGAGGAUUUAUUGGAAGCACCUAUUUUAGAAGAUAACUUGACUUAUAAGACUAAAAUAAUUAUUAUGGGACAUCAAACAUAGAUCCCAAGUUUGAAACUAUUGCAGCAGCUCUAGUGAGUGAAAUCGUGCGUGUGGGCACAAUCGUUGCAAGGUUUUAGUUUUCAACAAGUGACGGCAGUUCACUGGAAGAAAGAAAAAAAAACACGUUUGUAAUUGUCUGUGAUAAAAAAAAACAAAAAUAACAAAACAUAAACAGAAGUAAUACAAUUUAUAACUUUUCUACUUAGCUUAAUUUUUGUGAACCAAGGCUAGCUUUAGUUUGGCAGAUGAUUGUUACAAUAAUCGAUGAACAAUUCAAGAACAAUUCCACUAAUGAUUGGCAGAGUUGUAGAACAAAUCAGAUGUACAUAAACGAAUAGUCAAAUACCAGUCGAGUAAAUAUAGACCAGGAAGAAAGUGAAAAUAUUGCAUUUGUACUAAUGUUUUACUUGGUAAUAAACGUA